CCCACACCAGCAGGAUCCAGCCCCGUCCUUCCGUCCCGCGUGGCCAGAACUUGAAAGAAAAGUGGGCGUAGGAGGGAGUGAUGAUGCAAAAGUUACCCAAAAAUUGGGGCGGGGAACGGAGGCUACAGUUAGGAAGGCGAACAAGCUGCAAAAGGAACAGCGGAAAGUUGGGAGGUCGGGAGGGUGCCCUGUUCCGGGGGAAGGAGCAAGUACCACAGCAGCGAGACUUUUCCCUUCUCUGAUUCAGGAAGGUGCUAGACAAAAACAUGGAAUUCAUUUCCCCAACAGUGGUUAUAAUCUUAGGUUGUGUUGCUCUUUUAUUAUUUCUUCAGUGGAAGAACUUGCGUGGACCCCCGUGCAUAGGGGGCUGGAUUCCUUGGAUUGGAGCUGGAUUUGAGUUUGGAAAAACCCCUCUAGAAUUUAUAGAGAAAGCAAGAAUCAAGUAUGGACCGAUAUUUACAAUCGUUGCUAUGGGCACCCGAAUGACCUUUGUUACUGAAGAAGAGGGAAUUAAUGUGUUUCUAAAAUCCAAAGAAGUAAAUUUUGAACUAGCAGUGCAAAAUCCCGUCUAUCGUACAGCAUCAAUCCCAAAGAAUAUCUUUUUAAAACUGCAUGAGAAACUUUAUGUCAUGGUGAAAGGGAAAAUGGGGACUUUCAACCUAUAUCGAUUCACUGGACAACUGACUGAAGAAUUACAUGAACAACUGGAGAAUUUAGGCCCUCAUGGGACCAUGGACCUGAACAACUUAGUGAGGCAUUUCCUUUACCCGGUCACAGUGAACGUGCUCUUUAAAAAAGGUCUGUUUCCCACAAAUGAGAGGAAAAUCAGGGAGUUCCAUCAGCACUUUCAAGCUUAUGAUGAAGGUUUCGAAUAUGGGUCCCAGUUGCCAGAAUGUCUCCUCAGAAACUGGUCAAAAUCCAAAAAGUGGCUUCUAGCACUUUUUGAGAAAAACAUUCCAGAUAUAAAAACAUGCAAAUCUGCAAAAGAUAAUUCCCCGACAGUAAUGCAGGCUCUGCUGGAUCUCCUAGAGAUGGAAACAAAUGAACAAAAGAGUCCCAAUUAUGGGCUCUUACUACUUUGGGCUUCUCUGUCCAAUGCUGUCCCUGUUGCAUUUUGGACAUUUGCAUUUGUCCUCUCUCAUCCCAAUAUCCACAGGACCAUUGUGGAAGGCAUAUCAUCUGUGUUUGGCACAGCAGGUAAAGAUAAGAUUAAAGUGUCUGAGGAUGACUUGAAGAAACUCCCUCUAAUUAAAUGGUGUAUUUUGGAAACCAUUCGUUUAAGAGCCCCUGGUGUCAUUACUAGAAAAGUGCUGAAGCCAGUUAAAAUUUUGAAUUAUACCGUUCCUUCUGGUGACUUGUUGAUGUUGUCUCCAUUUUGGCUGCAUAGAAAUCCAAAGUAUUUUCCUGAACCUGACCUGUUCAAGCCUGAACGUUGGAAAAAGGCAAAUUUAGAGAAGCAUGCUUUCUUGGACUGCUUCAUGGCAUUUGGGAGUGGGAAGUACCAGUGUCCUGGAAGGUGGCUGGCUCUGUUGGAGAUUCAAAUAUUUAUUAUUUUAAUAUUGUAUUAUUAUGACUGUAGUCUUCUAGACCCAUUGCCAAGACAGAGUUCUCUCCAUUUGGUGGGUGUCCAGCAGCCGGAAGGACAAUGCCGAAUUCAAUUUAAACAAAGAAAAUGACGUCUGCUGGGCCUAAGGAGGGCCAAGGCCUUCUGGAGGAGUGACUGCCCCCCAUCCUCUAGCCUGGCAGCACCUAGACCUGAGUUUGACUGAAACCUAUCACUUAAUUUUGUUUAAGGAUUUAGUUCAAGACAGUGUCCAGAUGGGAUGUGUGUUUGGUAUCUCAAGAGUAGACCAAGAAUCUGACAUCACUCUAUAUCUAUUGAUAUAGAGACCCCAAUACAGGGUUUAUAGAAAAUGUUUCCAUGAUCCAAAAAGAGGCAUGAAAAUUUUACUAUAUUAAAUUUACUGUGAAGACGACAUACUUAAACUUCUAUUUUGCAAAAGGCUAAAAGUCUUAGACCCUAAAAAGUAUUAAAUAAUGAUUUCUGGAAAUUUUCUAUUUUUCUUAAUAUGAUUCUUAACUCUAGCAACUGAAAUUCUUAAACCACUAUUAACAUAACUUUAUUAAACAUGUCUAACACUAAAAGUAUGAAUAAUAUGAUAGCUUUCUAACACCUGUGAGGUCAGGGAUCAUGUCUGACACUCAUUUCUACACUCAACUAUGCCUAGGACAGCACCUUCUCUAUAGGACGUAUUCAAUACAUGUAUGUCGAUUGGUGUACUGAUUUGUAUUUUAGUUACGAUAAAAGCACUCCUUUGACUCAAGGUGUUUGUAAUUGUAGUUUGAGAUAAUAUUUUUCCUAAUUUAUAGAAACUCAAAUGAUGUGUCAAGGCAAAUAACAACAUUUCAAUCUAUUACUUAAGACUUUUGCCUGAAAUACUUACUAUGAAAUCCAGAAAAGAAAUCCUAUCAUGUUCAGGGAAAAUAUAUGAUACUAAUAACAGCAUGAUCGGUGAUGUCAUGAUUUGUCCUCUAACAGUCAGUGAAAUGCCGCCUGCCUCCUUGAUUUCACAAUAAGUAAGUUUUGGAGUGCAUGUUGUCCUCUGGAUUAUUUGCUCCCCUGUGCGAGAAUUAUCUGGCGGGGUUGAUAACGAUUGCUUAGUCAUCUAUUUCCUACCAACGAGCAGAUGACUCCCUAGGAGAAAAUUAAGUGCUUUGGAAUGCAUUAACUCUCCGGGACUAAUACAGUGAUUUUGAAGCUUAGCUAGCAGUUUACAGCAUAGCUUAGCAGGCGCGGAGGUCUGGAGACUGAAGGGGCUAAAGAAAGCAGUAUAGAAUCCACAGGAGAUCUGAGAACGGCAGACAACUACCUGGCGGGUUCUUCUAAAUAUGGCAGGUGUGUUCCCAGGGAAGGCUUGUCCUCCUCCAAGCAGCUGAGGCCCACAGCCAUACACUGUAUUUGCAAAUAAUAAACACUUGAGCUGAAUUUGCAGACCCUCAGGGCAGUGUUUAUCUCCUUAUUAUUGCUUGGUAAGGAUGAACCUUAGCUGACAAGUUCAUGCACUUUAAAAAAACAGUGCAGAUGCAGGAGGUGUACUGACCUUUGAAAUGAUACCUGGUGAGAUGAAUAUACUUGGAGGUCCCUAUUUCUUUUUAUCUCCCUAGCCUGGGUUUCUGUAUUAUGUAUAUUAAUAUAAUGUAUAUUCAUAUAUAUAUGUAAAAAUACAUACAUUGGUAUACAUUUAUAUGUGUUAACUUGAGUUUUCCAGAAAGCGGAGUCUGAGACAGACUUGAGUGCAGUGCAGACAGUUGACUUGAGACGUGCUCCCAGGCGGCAGAAAUAAGGGAUCGGAAAGAAUACACCAUAAUUGAGUUACGUUAUCAAGGUAGAUGUCCUAGCCCCUAUUUCAGAGGACAAGCAAUGAGGGGUGGGGGGACCAUGUUCAAGUGUGGGCACGUGAGGGGUGGCUGGAGUGCUGGUUAGGUGAUGAGCAUGGAAUUCUCAGUGUAGUUUUGAUCAUGUUUUAAUACAAAUGUGAGAUCACCUAUAUGCAGGACAUCCUUGUGCAGGUAGCCAUCACGGCAUGUGUAAUAAUUAAUAGCAACCCUCUUUCUUCUCUUGUCCCCCAACAGGCAGGGGCACAAAUUAUAACUUCAUUUUUACCUGGCAGCCUGAAACAAGGAAGAGUUCACGUAUUUACUGACAGAAUUGCAGAACUAAAUGGUGGUACCCUUGGAAACUUGUAAUUAAAGCAGGAAAUGGGGAAGGAGGGGCCGUUAAAACUUAAAUUAGGAAGUCACCUGCUGAAACUUAAGUGUAAGCAUUUAGUCAGAGUUUCGUACUCAUUAAAAGGCACGUCCUUUCAAGAUUUUAAUGUGGAAAAAAAAGCAAGUGUCUUAGUCUAUUCAGGCUACUGUAACAAACUACCAUAGACUGGGUGGCUUAUAAACCACCG